CAGAGAAAACCAUAUGAAACUUAUGGAGACGAUUGCUAUGUCAUUCCUCUAUUGUUAGAGUACCUAAUUAAAGUAAAAUGUUUCGAAGAUCAACGUUAAAUUGAGAAAGUUUCAACUCAUGCCAGAACCAGAUGCAUCGCGUGGGGAAGGAUUACAACAGCAUGUCUGAAGAUAAUGCCGACGAAUGUAAUACAGAAAACUUUGAAGAAAAAGACGAAGAAGAUUCAACACUUAUUCCUCUUUUGUCAGACUACUCGAAAAAGCUAGAUAGCCGGGUAAAGCGUCGUUAUAUUGAGAAAAUAUCAAUGAUUGGUAUUGAUCCGGCCACGUUGUGGCACGCGAAGCUCGAUCCAGAGUGUUUGCCUCCCAUCGAAGCCUCAGAUCUACUAUCUUAUUUGGUUUUAGACACGAGCUAUUAUACUGCACAACAAUUUAAAGCCUUCAAAAGCUUAGAGGCGUAUAAGCACAUGGUUUCUGGUUUUAUUACCUGUGUACAGGGGAAAGUUAUCGCCGGAAAGUACGUGGUUCUUGCAAAAGUGCGACAUUCGCAGCGCAUGAAUGACCCGCUGAUCCCUAUUUGGGUGAUUGCAAGCCAGGAAGGAACAAUCAUUUCGGCCCAUUGCAUGGGUUGUAAGGCUGGUUUAGCAGAAACAUGUUCCCACGUUGCAAGCGUGCUAUUUUAUAUCGAAGCAUGGACAAGGAUCCAUGGAAAAUUGGCCUGCACCCAAGUCAAGUGCACGUGGCUUUUGCCAACGUACGUGAACGAAGUUCCUUACGCCAGAGCUCGAGACAUCAAUUUUAAAUCAGCGAAAAAAUUAAAGGAAGAGAUGGACCUUAAAAUAGAUGCUUGCGUGGAUGAUAAUCAGUCUGAAACACCAGCUCCAGCAAGAAAUAUUAAAGCAUCAAACAUGUCAGUGAGACCACUUGAUGAGGAGGAAAUGAAUGCUCAGUUAAAGAAGUUAAAUGACUUGAAUGUAAAACCAGUCAUCCUUAGUCUUUUCAAGCCCUACAGUGAAAGGUUUAUAUCAAGAAGCCAAAACAUAGUUACAAUGCCAGAUUUGUAUGACCCGAGUAAUCUCAACCUCAGCUACCCAGAUCUUCUAAAACAAUGUUUUGAGGUCAAGUUAGACCUUACUGAUAGUGAAUUGGAUGCCAUUGAAGCAGACACAAGGAAGCAAUCCAAGAGUAAUCUUUUCUUUAGACACAGAGCUGGCCGCAUCGGGGCUUCAGUUUGUUGGGCAGUGGCACACAGUAAUCCAAUGCAGCCAUCACAAUCUUUGAUCAAGUCUCUUUGCUACCCUCACUUGUUCAAAGUUACCUCUAAAGCUAUCACGCAUGGCAAGAAAUAUGAGAAAAGUGCUGUUGAGAGCUAUGUUUUUCUUAUGAGUCAGACCCAUAAAGAUUUUCAAGUAAAGUAUUGUGGAAUGCUUGUAGAUAAAGAACAUCCCUGGUUACAUGCUACUCCUGACUUCAUGGCCUCUUGUUCCUGUUGUGGUGAUGGUUGCGGGGAGGUUAAAUGUCCUUAUGGUAUAGAGAAUGGUGAUUUUGAGACCUACAUCUCAAAGAAGACCUCCUGUCUCGAAAAAGUGAAUGAAAAGCUACUGGAGAACAAACCAUCACUUGCUCUAAUCCUAAGUGUCCCUAUCUGAAGUUUCACCUGUCAUGUCUGAGAUCAAG